UUGACGUCCGUGAACGCCCCAUCCUCACUGCGUCACCACAUUCCCACAAUCCACCGCGGGUCCUCCGCUUUUGCACUCUGUGCGCUGCAUGUCAAAGUCAAGAUGGCACUUCACAGAUUAUUCCAGCUGUCCUCUGUACUGCGCUCUGCUGUGAGCCUGACUUUGCGAAGGAACAUUGGCAUCUCCGCUGUCCUCUUCAACCGGGCCAAGGAGCUCGACCCCGUGCAGAAACUAUUCCUGGACAAGAUCCGUGACUACAACUCCAAGAGCAAGGCUUCUGGUGGCAUCGUGGACGCAGGGCCCUCUUACCAGAAGAACCUGUCUGAAGAGGUAACCAAACUACAGAGGCUUUACGGUGGAGGAGAUCUCACCAAGUUUCCUGACGUAAAAUUCACAGAGCCCAAGCUUGAUGAAGCACCCAAGUGAAUGCUGUCCAUGUUGUAAAUCUCACAUGUUGUAUGUCACCAACAUGUUGUAUUUAAUUAAUAAAAAUAUAGUGGAUUGAACUGUUGUUAUCAACACUUGUUAUCACUAAAAUGAUUCUGAUGUUACUACAAUAAACAAGUUUCCAGAUACCAACAUUUAGUGAUUACAUAAUUAUAACUGAUAUCUCCAAAUAUCUUUUUAAUAGCUAUUAAGAUCUUUGGCAUCAUUGUACACACAUGUCAGGGGCAUUAAACCAUAUUUGAAUAAUGAUGGCCGUCACAAUUUCAUCCAGAGCAUAGACAGGAAAAUAAACAAAUGUAAACACAUGAUCUGGCUCAGUAUUAGAUCCACAUAGGACCCCUGUGUAAGAUGUAGGGUCUCUGAUCAAAUCCUUUGGACUUUCCCUAACUGGACUUCAGUGAAGUGGCCUCCAGUGUUUAUGUGAUGACAUGCAGAUGAUAAAGUAAUUUUGAUACCAGUGCUGUAGAUGACAGACAAAUUAAAAAGGCUUCCUUCUCUCUUGGA